AUGCAAUUUAUUUAAUAUGACAGUCUAUUUAAUUAUAGUUUAGAAUAGAAUGAAGAAAUGGAAUUUGUACAUCCAGAACAUCAUCUCAAUAUAUAAUCAAGAAUAGUUAAAGAUAAAUUUUAAUAAAAUCUUUAAAAUUCUAUAAUAAUGUUCAACUAAAUUUUAGGAUUCUCUUAAAAUAUCAUUAAUAAAUAUAAUAACUAUUAAGAUUCAUGUACAAAGGCUCUUUAAUUAAUUGAAAUUUCAACUGAUGGAUUAAUGUAAAUUGAAUAGAUAUAUUCUUUGAUAGAAUAAAAAGAAUUUGGAUUCAAUUCCAAACAUCAAAAUUACAAUAUCGCAUAAACAUACAAUUAGAUUAACUAAUAUACAACUAAUUUGGUUCUUGAUUAUUUAAAUAAUUUUAUCUUAAAUAAAGUUUGGGAAUUACUAAAUAAAUUUCCUAAUUAAGAUAAAUAACAAAAUAGAAAAUUUUCUAUAUACUGCUCUAAAUUAUAAUCCUGUAUAGAAAUAUUACCUGGAGCUAUAGCUGUAAAAUAAGAUGAUCUUUUUUCUGUUAAUUAAUAACAUAUAUUUUGGCAAUAAUUAAAAAACUAUAUUGAAUAAAAGCAAUUAGCUGAUCAUGAAUAAAUAAGAUAAUCUUAUGAUAAAGUUUGUGAGGGAAUUUUAUUGGCAAAUGCUAUGAUUUCAAAAGGAUCUGAAUAUGAAGGAGAAAUAAAGUAAAAAUUUAUGUAAGGUUUUGGUUUUUUAAUUUAUGCUUUGAAUAAAUAAAAAAUGAAAAGUAGAGCAAAUCAUUUUCUAGCAGAUCCUAGAAAGGAAGAUGUUUUUAAGGCUUGGAAUCUCCCUGAAUAAGGUCUUGUCAAAAUGCUAUUACCUGCAAUAUUUCCUUAAAUUUAAUUUAACUAAAAGAUAUAUAUCCCAAGAUACUUUAGAUGUAUUUCAUCUGAAUAUAUUUUAAAUCAAUAUAAAAGAUCCACAAUCAAUAAAAUCAAUAAUGAUUGUGGUCUAUUUUAUCCAGAAAAUAAGUUAACUUUAGAUGAUUUAUUAUCUAAAAAAUUAGAUAGAGUAUAAGUUAGAAUUCUAUGUCAUGAAACCUUAAAACAAAAAAAACAAUCUCUUUUCUAAUAAUUUGUAGGAUAAUUAACUAAGAAUGAUACUAUUUUUGAUAAAAUAGUUAUUCACAUACGUAUAUUUAAAUAUAUUUAAUUUAUAUAGAUGGAGGUGGUUUUGUAGCAAUGUCUUCUAGAUCACAUUAAACAUACACAAGAAAAUGGGCAAAUGCUUUGAAAGUACCUAUAUUCUCAAUAGAUUACAGAAUGGCACCAAAUCAUCCUUAUCCAGCAGGACUAGAUGACUGUUGGUAAGCGUAUAUGUUUAUACUAACAUUCAUUGAAUAAUAUUAUAAUAUAGUUCCAAAUAAAAUAGUAUUAGUUGGGGAUAGUGCAGGAGGUAAUCUUGUUGCUGCUUUAACUAUAUAAGCAAUUAAAGCAGGAGUUAGAAUACCUGAUGGUAUAUUACUGGCUUAUCCAGCAUUAUCUUUGGAUAUAAAAUAAUUUACUCCAAGUUUUUUAGUAUCUUUGGAUGAUUCAUGUAUAAUUAUAAUUUUAAUAUAAAGUGCUUCAUCAUACUGUUUUAAAGUUAUGUUUAAAGUCAUAUAUUGAGAAAGAAUUCAAUCCUAAUUUAGAUCCAAUGUUGUCCCCAUCAAAAGCUAGUGAUGAUAUUCUUAAAAGAUUUCCAAAGACUAGAAUAUAAGUUGGAACCUAUGAUCCUUUGCAUGAUGAAAGUUUUAGAUUUCUAUAAAGAUUGAUAUAAUUAAAAAGAGAUGCUAGAUUGAUUGAAUAUUAGUCUAUGCCUCAUGGAUUUUUAUCAUUUGAUGUUAUAAAUGGUAUGAAUGAAGCCAAAUAAACAGUAUUGGAUGCCUAAAAUAUUUUAUCUGAUCUGCUGAAAUGA